CUCUUCUCUCCUCGGAAGAGGAAACUUCGCGGCCCAAGUAACGGGAUCAGGGGAAGCCAGGGCCUGCGGCUCGAGAGCCCAGUUUCAGCGGUGCCAGAGGCUGGGACGAGGCCCGACCGACCCGACAGCCGGCCGACCCCAGCCUCGGCAGGGGCGGGCAGGGCAGGGAAGGCUCCGGACUUUGCAGGGCAGCGAACGGAGAGAGGCGCGGACCUGGAGAGGGCAGCAAACCGGCUGGGGGCCGGGACCGCAGCUGGCAGCGGGCAUUGAGCCUGGACUCGGGGCCGGGAGAGGAGCAGAGUUGGGAACCGCCCGGAGCCCGAGACGGGACGGGAGCUGCGGAAAGGCCCGGGCCGAGGCGAGCGCUGGAGGGCGGGGCGGGGCAGAGCCGGAACCCAAGCUGGAAAGAGAACUUGAGCUGGGAGAAGAACUGAAGGGAGCCCGGGAGCCAGAGAAGGUGCGGCAACCGGCACAGGCACCGAUCGAGAAGAGGAGGCUUGCCUUCCAGGAGCCAGCUUAGGGCUGAGCCAGCCCCCGGGAGGGAGACGGAGGCAGGACCGGGCUCGAGCUGCAGCGUGUAUGCGGGGGCGGAGAAGGGGGCGCCACCGUCGCCGGCGCGGCGGGCCAGACCAUGGGCUGACCACCAGCGGACGUUGCCCCGGGCGCCCAGAAUGUCGGUGCACUACACCCUCAACCUGCGCGUCUUUUGGCCGCUGGUGACGGGCUUCUGCACGGCCCUGGUCUGCCUCUACCACGUCCUGAGCGGAAGGGGCAGCUCCGCCGCGCCCCAGGACGGCGAGGACACCGGCUUCCCGCUGCUCAAAGCGGUUCUCCUGCUGUUCCUGGGGUACCUCCUGCUGCGUUUUCGCCACGCCGCCCGGCAGCGCUUCCUGCCCCGUGCUCCCCACCAGGGGCUCGCCCCAUCUUCAGCCAGACUCCUCCACGAGCCGGGCCUCAGUGUUUUACUGGAGAGUUACUACGAGCACGAAGUUCGCCUGUCUCCUCAUGUGCUGGGCCACAGCAAAGCCCACGUGAGCCGCAUCGUGGGCGAACUGGUCCGUGCGGGCCGGGCCCGGGGAUCUCCAGGGCCCUCCCCCGGGGGAGCCCUAGCUUUGGCCUUCCGGGGGGACUUCGUCCAGGUGGGCAGCGCCUACGAGCAGCACAAGAUCCGCCGGCCCGAUGGCUUCGACGUGCUGGUCCCUUUGCGGCUUCCGCCCCUAGUGGCGCUGGAGCCUCGGGGCCUGGGCGCGGAGCCCGAGUUGCCCCUAGCAGUUCGUGGCUGCUUCGUGUGCGCCCUCAAGGCUCCACCGGCUUCGCCUAACGGCGGGGCCGGAGGCCAGUGGCACCGGGACUGCAAACCCUUCUCCGACGGCUUCUGCGUGGACCAGCGCGGCCGGCGCCAUCUCUCAGCGGUGCUGGUGUCGCGUUGGUUCCAGGCGCACUUGCAGCGCUGCCUGGCCACGGUGCGCUACAGUUUGGAGGAGCGCUGCCGGGUCAGCCUAUCCCCCGGGGGUCUCGACCAGCCCCCCACCCUGCACAUCCUACCUUGCCGCACCGACUACGGCUGCUGCCGGCUCUCCAUGGCCGUGCGCCUUAUCCCGGCGGUACACCUGGGCGACGGAGUCUUCCUAGUGACACCGCCACUGCUUCCCCCGGGGCUCCCGUCGGAGCUCCCGGGAGGGCUAAGGGCCGAGGUCCUGUGGGGACUGAACACUGCCCGCCAGGAGCAGCGGCUGCUGGGCUGGCUGCAGGAACGAGCCCCGCCCGGGGCCUGCCACCUUAAAUGCCUGCAGCUGCUAAAGGCACUGAGGGACCUGGGCGGCCGAGGGCUGGACCCUGUGGCCUCCUCGCAGUGGGGGCGCAUCUUGUCCUCGUAUACGCUCAAGACCGCGCUCCUGACACUGCUGCUGCUGCGCGGGGAUUCUCUGCACACCUGGGAAGACGUGCGCUUGAGAGAGCGGCUGGAGGAGCUGCUGCUCUACCUGCGGGACUGCCUGCUCCGCCAGCGCCCGCUUUUCCACUGUCUUCUGGGCCCCGAUGGAGCCGUCGGACUCACGACUGAGAUCGGCCCCCUGCCCAAAGUGCUGCGAGAAGCCGCCCCAGUUGACCUACUGGCCUCCUUCGACCAGCGCGCCCGGGAGUUCGUGGCAGCGCGACUGGUGUACACGUGGCGCCGGCUGCCCCAGCUUCUCCGAGCCUACGGAGGACCCCGCUACCUGGCCAGGACCCCCCAGCCUCGGAACCAGCGGGUCCAAGGUUUCCCGGAGCACGAUCCCUAAAACAGGGAAAGUGUCCUCAUCUAACUGACCACUAAUCCCCAGUAGGGGUCCUGAGGGAUACAGUCACUA